GCGCAUAAGCAGCCUGCGUUCUGCCCAAAUUUAAAAUGUCAGAAAACUAUGACAUGGCACAGUUUCCAUGUAAAAGUUGCCUUUUACCCUCAGAAGGCGAUUAUUUCAGGCAUAUCGUCCCAGGAAUGACCUGGUGCUGUGAUUCAAGGUGAUUCAUUAAGCCUUUUUUUGUCCAGGCAGUGUAUUCAAUUGGCUACAUGUUGGUACAAUCUAGAAUAGAAACUAUUUUUGUUAAAUAUUUGUGAGUGGCAGAAGAAUGUGAAACAAUAACUGCAGGUAACGUUUCUUGUAACUGCUGAUCAGUCCUGCACAAUGGCUUUUAGCCCAUUCCUCGGUACAGAACCACUUCAGCUCUGUGAUGUUGGUGGGUUCCUCCUAUGAACUGCUUGCUUUAGGUCCUUCCACUAAAUUUAAAUUGGAUUAAGGUCUGGAAUUUGACUUAAUCAAAAAUUAUCUUUCUUUGGUAGAACGACUUGUGUGCUUGGGGUCUUUGUCUUGCUGCAUGACCCACUUUCUCUUGAGAUUCAGUUCUCGGACAUAUGUCCAAAAUUUUCCUUUAUAAUUUGCUGGUAUAAUUCAGAAUUCAUUGUUCCAUCAAUGAUAGCAAGCUGUCCUGGACCAGAUGCAACAAAACAGGCCAAAACCAUGGAACUAUACCAUCACGUUUCACCGAUGGGAUACACUUCUUAUACUGGGUUUCUUUCUUCAAACAUAACAAUGCUCAUUUAAACCAAAACAUUCAAUUUUGGUCUCAUCUGUCCUCAAAACAUUUCUCCAGUAUUCCUCUGGCUUGUCCACAUGGUCUUUAGCAAACUGCAGACAGGCAGCAAUGUUCUUUUGGGGGAGCAGUGGGUUUCUCCUUGCGACUCUGCCAUGGACACCAUGCUUGUUCGGUGUUCUCAUGAUGGUGGGCUCAUAAACAUUAACAUUAGCCAAUGUGAGAAAGUCCUUUGCUUAGAAGUUAGCCUGCAGUCCUUUGAAACCUAGGAGACUUUUCCACGUCUUGCUUUUUGAGUGUUCUUUGUUGGUGGAGCACUCCUAGGGAAUUAUUUUGGUCUUGAAUUGUUCUCCAUUUAUACACAAUCUGUCUCACUGUGGAUUGGUGGAGUCCAAACUCUUUAGAGAUGGCUUUGAACCUUUUUAGCCUGAUGAGCAUCACCAACUCUUUUUCUGAGGUCCUCAGAGAACUUAUUUGUUUGUGCCAUGAUACACUUCCACAAACAUGGCCAAACUUUGAUAGAUCCCUGUUCUUUAAAUUAAAACAGGGCACAUACUGACACCUGAUAUUCAUCUCACUGAUUAAAAACACCUCUGAACAGAUGGACAAUUAUUUCACCUUCAAAUUAACAGCUAAUCCUAGAGAUGCGCAUACUUUUGCUGCUCAUAGAUAUGUUAUAUUGUAUCUUUGUCAACUUUCAGAACUCCGAUGAUUUUUGGGUUAUAUUUAUAUACAAAUAUAGACUAUUCUAAACAGUUCACAAACUUAUAAGCAGUACUAUAUAUAUCCACAUACGACAGCCCACUUACUUGAAAUGUGUUAGUCAAAUGUGUGGGAAGAAACCUAAAAUAUUUUGCAAGAACAUCUCGUGGUUUGCAGACUAAUAAACUGGAAUUUGUUAACUUUCAAUAAAAAAAAACACACACACACACGCACAGUCACACCCAGAAUAACUCACAGUUCUGACUUCAUAACCUUCUUUUUAAAGAAAGUAAGUUACUAUUCACAUGAAUCACAUCAGCCUGACUGUCCGAUGUUGUGGAUAAGGCGCAGAAAUGAUCCUUGAUGUCAUGGUUUAUUCUUUUUUUAUUAUUUUUAUGAAUUAUUGUAUAACAAUUUCAGGAACAGUAAUAUUCCAAUUCAAAUUGUGCACUCCAGUUAAAAAUACUGUCUUAAUUGCUUGAUCUCCCCUGAACAUGAUGGGAAAUGACCUUAUAUCGGCACAGAUUAACCCUCAUUGAAUUACAACAUUUAACUUUAAACCUGCUGUCAUGUAUUUUGGAGUUGUCCCUUUCCAGCUUGAUUUAGGUCAGAUUUCUCUUUAUCCGCUGUGCUUUGAACAUGGUUUUGUAAACCAAUGACAUACCUUAAGGAAUGUUAUUUCUUUCAGUUAGUUAUCUUAUCUGCUUCUUCUUUUAGUAUAUACUAUAGUAUUUAAUAUAGUGUAUAGGCUAUAAAUGCAAAUAUGGGGGAAACAAGCAUUUGUUUGUGGUUUGAAGUCUGAAAAAUCAUAAAGUAGUAGCCGAUUUAGAAUUUUCUCUGAACAUUCGAAUUGCAAAGAUUAUGGCAAUGUUACUUUUGAAUGUUCUCCAAAUGUUCAGAAACCACUAGUGACAUUUCAAACUAAAAUGUUUCAGAAACAUUUUUUUUUUUACAUUAAGACCAGAUAAUUUUGAAAGCACAUUCUGGUUCCUCGUAAAGCGUUUGUUCAAUAACUUCGAGAGAACCUUGGUGAAACAUUCUGAGAACAUUUAUUAGCGGAGAAGGGAAGUCAGUGUAGGUUUUUGCUGAUGCACAUCACUGAUCUACUGUAAGAUGUUGAAACAUUCACCCGAACAACACUUUUCCACCCCUCCCCUCGACUCCAGCCGCCCACCUUCCCCUCCACAUUCCUUUAGUUUGACAGGAAGGCUAGAUUUGGUUUAGAGGCUGGGUUUUGGGGCGAGGUAACAUGUAUCAGGAUUUUAAUAUCCCGUCAAUUCAUCCCCCGCGCUUUUUCGAUCAAGUGUGUUUGCAUCGAGGUUAUCAAGAGCCGGUGUGAUUAAAACUCAAAGAGACAGGCUGUGCAGGACCUGAUUUAUUUGGACCCAGAAUAUAAAGCGAGAUGCACAUCCUGGAGCACUAAACAAUCCUGCAGUCUGUGAUUCUUUAAUUCGUACUCUCGCGCAGAAACUCGAACCAGGAAAUUGACAGAAAGCUUCCAAGAAACAUGAAGACAUUAAACCUACGAUUGCGACAAUAUAUGGUUUAUUUGUGUUUUUCAUAUCAUCUCCAGCUUGUGAAAAUGGAGCAGUUGUCUGCAGCAAACACACAGUUCUGUCUAAACCUGUUCAAGAAGAUCAGUGAAGGAGACGCAUCAGGAAAUGUGUUCUACUCUCCGAUCAGCAUCUCCUCGGCUCUGGCCAUGGUGUCGCUCGGAGCAAAAGAAAACACAGCGGAGCAGAUGUUUAAGGUCCUGAGUUUUACCAAUCCUCCCAAACCUGACGCAGUGACUCCAGCAUCUCAUCAACAAGCUCAACAUGGUCAACAUGGACCAUCCAUUACACAACAAACCCAGACGUUUGAGAAAUGUCCUCCUCAGCCAGAUGCUGGACAAAAGACUGAGGAUCAAAUUCAUUCCAGCUUCAACAAGCUCAUGAGUGAACUGAAGAGACCAGGAGCCCCGUCUGUGUUGAGUCUCGCCAACCGUCUCUACGGAGAGCAAUCAUACCAGUUUGUGGAGAAAUUCCUUAAUGAUGCAAAAAGAUACUAUGAAGCUGGACUGGAGGAGGUGGACUUCAAGAAGAAACCAGACGCUACACGUGUCGACAUCAACAAAUGGGUGGAGAAAAACACUCAAGGGAAGAUCAAGGACUUGCUUCCACAGGGAUCCAUCGAUGCGAUGACGAGACUGGUCUUGGUGAACGCCAUCUACUUCAAGGGGAACUGGAUGGAGAAAUUCCCAAAAAAAGCCACGAGAGACGGACAGUUCAAGCUGAACAAGACUCAAACUAAACCAGUGAAGAUGAUGCAACAGAAGGCAGAGUUUCCUCUGGCCUUCAUCCCAGAGAUGGACAGUCAGGUUCUGGAGCUGUCGUAUGUUGGGAAGAAUCUCAGUAUGUUGAUCAUCCUUCCUAACGAGAUUCAAGGUGAAACCACUGGCCUUCAGAAGCUUGAAAAGGCACUGAGCUACGAGAAGCUGAUGGAGUGGACGAGACCUGAAGUCAUGUAUGAAACAGAAGUUGAAGUAUCUCUGCCCAGAUUCAAGAUGGAGGAAACCUAUGACAUGAAGAGUCUUCUGAUCAGCAUGGGAAUGGAGGAUGUGUUUGACGGGAAGAAGGUGAAUCUUUCAGGCAUGUCACCCAACAAUGAUCUGGUGGUUUCGAAGGUGAUUCAUAAAGCCUUUGUUGAAGUGAACGAGGAAGGAACGGAAGCAGCUGGAGCCACCGGCGUCGGCAUGACGAAAAAUUGUCUGAUCAUCCCAAAGGUCUUUAACGCAGAUCAUCCGUUCCUCUUCUUCAUCCGACAUAAUCCAACCAAGAGCAUUCUGUUUUACGGACGCUUCUGCUCUCCGUGAUUCAGUCCUGCUCCUUGAGACCCCUGCAGCUGGUUUAGUUGGUGAUCUGGUUAGAAUCAGUAGAGGAGACUCUGGACAACUGCUACUAAUUGUCAUCUUUACUUAUAAAUGCCAACAGUAUCAGAACCUGUUGCAGUUUACAUGAGACAAACUUACAUUAAAUGAAUAGUAAUAAACAGUUUUCAGUUUUGUGUGGUAACUGUUUUGCUUCAGUCUCAAGUGGGACCUGCAUUAUACUUAUUUGAAAUGCAUUAAAUACUUUGUACUGAUCAUUUUAGAGCAGGGAUAUUAUCAGUAACUAAGACUAAAAGAAAACCAUUUUCCUUAUUGGAAAUAAAAUAAACAAGAACUGGUAAAAUUAAAUAUAAAAACAUAUUUUUUUCAGCUAGUGCCAAGGCAACAUUUCUCAUUUUUGUUUAGUUAGUUAAGGUGAUGUAAUAAAUUAGACAUGAAAUGACAAAAACACUAAAUUACAAAAACUUUCAAUUGAGCAUUCAAGUUCAAUUCACUAAACACACUACAACAGCUAUUGCUAUAAUCACCCAAACCUAAGCAUUUACCAUUAAAAUAAUUAAGCAAUAGAUUUAGAUUCAAAAUAUGGAUGUCUUUCUCAGAUGGAGAGAAGACUGUUAUGGCUCUUGAUGUGUUUGUAAUUGAAGAUAUUAAAUGCAGUACAGUUGUCCUGGUCUCAACCUAUUAAUAAUAAUAAGGAUGUUGUGGUUUUGCACGGGUCUCUACAUUUCAUAUAUGUAAUCAAAUGCAUCCUUUUACAUUAAGAACUUGUGUUUUCCAGAUUAUCUGUAUGUCAAAGCUAUAACAAAAUUAAAACCUGUUUUGUCUUAAUUUUUAUUAAUUUAAUAAAAACAGCUAUUACAGGCAUGGUGUAAGAAAAAUCAAAUAGAUUCUGAGGGUUUUGCAGGAACAAGGUGACAUGAUGUGUGUUAUAAUAAAUUGUGUAUACACUCACUAAACAAAGAGUGACAGCUUGCUGGAGUUUAUGAGCACUCUUUGCAAGCUUUCUUAUUGCAUU